UUUACAUUAAGCACAAAGAGGAUUUUACACUCACAUUUAUAAAAGAAUUUCAAUUGAAAUGAAUAACAAAAAUAAAGUCUUAUAAGUUGUUGUCUUAAUUUUGUUCAUAGGUAACAUGGCACCGAAACGACCAACCGAUUCAAGCCGGCUCGAGAUUUUCUUUCGUACACGAAGGAAAUUUUUAUUGCGUCGAUGUAGCUCCAGUGAUGGUAGAAGACCAGGGUCAUUGGACCUGCAUGGUAGAAAAUGUAUACGGAAGAUCAUCAUGUGUAUCUUGUCUCAGCGUUAUUGUACCGAAAGCUUACAAACGUCCGGAGUUUGUUGAAGAACUUCGAGCGAUUCUCACCGAAACUGGUACAGUUUCACUAGAAUGUAAAGUUGUCGGAGUCCCUACGCCAGUUCUUCGAUGGUUUAAAGAUAGUAAAGAAAUAAAAGCUGGUGACGUCUUCGCAUUGACCGCAAAUGCCGAUGACCCAACGUCAUUGGGAACUUACACAUGUCAAGCAGACAAUUGUAUGGGAACCGCGUACUCAUCAUCAAAAGUUCAUGUGGUAGGAAGAGGAAGUAGAGAAGGAUCUUUGAAGCCUGCAGAUACUCUGACACCUUCAGGUCCUCUUCCGGUAUUUAAAAAAAUACUAAGCGAUGAAUGCUGUCGGAUUGGUGACACUAUUACCCUAUCAUGUCAAGUUCAAGUUCCUCCGUGGCCUAAAGUUAUCACUUGGUACAACAAAGCGGGUAAAGUUGAACCGACCGAUAAGUAUCACGAAAUGGAAGACGGAUUGGGAACUUAUUCAAUUGAAAUACGCGGAGUCGAAGCUAUGGACGAAGGAGAGUGGAAAUGUGUCGCUACUAGUUCUGAAAAUGUUAUGCAAUUUACUACUUGCUAUGUCGCAAUGUCUGUUCCUAAGAAUUACAGAAUGCCGCGUUUUAUGGAAAGCCUCAAGGCAGUUUUGACAGAAGAAGGACUAGUGUCUUUUGAAUGUAAAGUCGUCGGGUUUCCUACUCCCUUUCUCAGAUGGUUCAAAGACGGCCAAGAAUUGAAACCCGGUGAUGUUUACCAGCUGACUGGUACAAAUUCACUGGGGUCUUACUGCUGUAUCGCGAGAAAUUGUAUGGGCGAAGCUAAAAGUACUGCAGAGCUGACUGUUGAGGACAUUCAGAAUCAGUUAAAUGAAGAAGAACGUCUUCAGUUGCUGAGUUUCAAUCAGGUUCCUAAAUUUAUUAAAGGUCUACGAAGUUGCGAAGCGAGAAUUCAUGAAGAUUUUACAUUUACAGUUCAAGUUACCGUAUCUCCAAAACCAACUCUUUCAUGGUUCCGCGACGACGAACCGAUUACUGAGAAUAAUAAAUAUAAAAUAAUACAAGAAGUUUUAGGAAAUUGUCAUCUAGAAAUUCACAAGUUGGAAUUCGCUGAUCAAGCAGAGUGGAAAUGUAUCGCAGAAAAUGAUUUUGGCCAUAGUAUAACAUCCUGUUUUCUAAAAUUAAUAAUACCAAGACACUUUAAGAAGCCGAAAUUUUUAGAAAGUCUGAGAGCUAUUUUAUCCGAAGAAGGAGCUGUCAAUUUAGAGUGUAAAGUUAUUGGAGUACCGCAGCCCGUUUUGAAAUGGUACAAAGACGGCGCUGAAUUAAAACCCGGUGAUAUUCAUAGAAUAAUUUCCGGUCAAGAUGGAACAUGUUGCUUGGGAACUUACACAUGUGAGGCAUCAAAUUGCAUGGGGUCAGUGAGCAGUUCGGCUUCAUUAUUAGGCUUUGAAGAUCGGGUCGCUGUUAAAAAAGAAGAAACUCAAGACCCCAUUUCACCACCUCUGCAUGAACUCGCUAGAAAUCUCUCGCUGUCAACGAUACACGAAGAAAGAACCUCACAGUUGUACGACACGCCUCAAACGGAUCAUUCGAUAACAAUCGACGAUCGCGGAGAGGUUUCAUUCAGCUUUGAUGGUAAAGAAGUGUCUGUAAGUCUUUACGAAACUCCAGAUUUGACGGAAGAAGAAGCGAUACAAAUUGUUGAAAUGUACGCUGAUCAAUUGUCUGAGCAUAUAACUGAAGGGAAUAUAAUUGAGCUUCCUCCGAUGCGUUUUAUGAAAGAAACAUCAACGUCAGGAAAUUUAUUAAUGGAAGCUGUUGUUAUAGACGUUUCGUCAGAUUAUUUUGUUGCUGAUGAAGAAGCUGAUGAUUUACGAACUGAAGCUGACGUCGAAGAUGUUUCUAUUAUGGAUGAUCAGAUGCACAGUAUUCUUUCUUCAUAUGCAUCACCACUGGAUGGUGAUCAUUCAGGUGAAAGAACUCCCAUGGGUUCACCGCCUCCACGACCGCCGAGGAAGAAAGAACGAUCUGGCAGUGCCUCGUCUAAAAGUGAAAAGAGUGAGAAGAGUCAACACAAAGUUUUGGAUUGGUCUGAAAGUUAUCACAGCGCUAAAGAACCUUCUAUACAAGCGCAAUUGUCAAUACAGAGUCAAGAUAGUGUUGACGCUUUCGCUGAUGCCUUGUCUUCAGAUGGAUUAGCUAAAGUAUCUAGGGAAUAUGACAGAGAAAUUGCAGCAAUUAUCAAUGACACUGAAAACACAGAUUUUCGGGGCAUUCAUGCUGAAUCGCUGCCUCAGUCUCAUAAAUUUACAGAAGAAGUUUUCGCUGCGGCGUUGAAAGACUCCAUGGAAGAAACGUCGGACAAAAAAAAGAAAAAGAAGAAACGGUCUAAAGGCGGGACGCCGAUGUUAUCAUCAAAGACGAGUUCUGAAGAAUCUUACACGGUCAAUGCCGAUGGAAAUGAAGUGGGAAAAGUUAAGAGACGUGGAAGUAAAGAGGGACGAGUUAAACGCGAACGUCGAGACAGCUCGAGUAGUAAUAAGAGCGGAAAAGAAAGAGACAAGAAAGGACGUAGAAGUCAAGACAUGGACAAGAGUUUAAUGAUUGAAGACAUUCGAGUGGAAAGAAGUGAAGAAUUUAAAACUCCGGAAUUAGUAAGUCAUGCGGAUCUUAAGUAUAUUGAUGAUGAUGGAGAUAAAUUAUCAACUGCAUCAUCGGUAUUUGCGACUGCUGGAGAUAUUUCGGAAAAAUCAACAUCGAGAAGUCAGAAAGAACGACUGUAUGGAAAAAUAAAAAACCUUUCUGUACCUGUACUUACUCUGCGAGAUACUUUAAUUAAUUUAGACAGUAUACUGAUCUCCUCGUCGAUAAAUGUUGAUGAACAUACGAUACAAGGAUUAAUUAUAGAGAAAAUUGUUCGUCCUAUUGAAGAACUUUGUGAACAAAUGUCUGCUAUUGAAUCAAAAGCGGUUACUUCUGCUGGAGAUAAAUCUCUGAGCCAAGGAGUGAGGAUUUCAUUGCUGGAUUCGAUUGGCGGACCGACUGAAGAACUUCUCCGUGGUAUAGAAUUAAUAAAAAGUCAUCGAGGUAAAACUCAAGAGGACUUAAAGUCUGAUUUAAUAGUUUUGGAAUCGUUAAUUGAUCCUGUUGAUGAAAUUCUCGCGGGUUUGGCUAAAAUUGAGUUUGAAUUAAGAAGUAAAGAAGGCGAUGUCUCGAUCGUUGAACCCAAAAAUCCAAUUAUAUUGGAACGGAUAUCUCGAGCUAUUAAUCAAGUAGGUGUUAAUGUUGAAGGACUGAAACAAAAUCAAAGAUUAAAUAGACAGCAGGAAGUAAUUACUGUCGCAGAAAGACUUGAAUCUGUUUAUAAAAAUUUACAAUCAUUUAUUAAUUCGCUGUCAUUAAAUAAAGUCACUGGUGCUCUGGAGAGUAAUGUUGAUAUUCUGGUUAUUGAGUCUUUAAUGAAACCUCUUGAAGGAUUAUCACGUUCUCUAACUGAAGUUUCAACUUCUCAAAUUGCUGAUAAUGAAGUGAUUGUCAUUGAUAGUCUUCAUAAAUCAAUUGCCGAGGUGAAAAAUAAAUUAGAGACCUUGACUAUAGCUUUAGAAACUUAUGAAUCAGAAUCAGGAGAGCGGGGAAUCACUCAAAGAAGUCAAGAGUUAGUUAGCUAUUUAAAAUGGACAAUGGAAGACGCUUCAGAUAAUUUAGUUAAGUUACAAAAAAUCAACGAAGCUAGACUGUCUAAAAUUAUUGAAGAUACUGCAGAAUCUGUUCCUCAGUCUUCAGACGAAGACUGGAAUGUAGAUAAAAAUAAAAAUGCCGUUGAAGCUGUCGAAUUUGACGAAAGUGUCGUUCAUAAAAGUUUACAAGACAAUGAUAUUUUAGAAAAAGAAAUAAAACUUCUAGAAGAAAAGAUGCAUGAGCGGAGUAUCGAUGAAGCGAUUGAGUCUCAGUUUAAAGAAAAAAUAACUGAAAUACAAUCCCAAGUUAUUUUAGCGAAAGAAAAGAACGAAUCGGAAGUUGCAUCAAAACGUGAUAAAUUUAAAAAUAGAAUGAUUUCAAUAGAGUCAAUGAUGCCAGGACUUGAUGAAAGUCUGCCUCUCCCCGAGAUGCUUCUUGAUCCGCUGAUAGACGUUCAGGCGAAAUUGAACGUCGCUUUACGUCAUUAUGAGAAUGAAGUACCCAGUGAUGAAACUUCGCUUUCGAUGACUGAACUGUCUACGUGUCUCGUAGAACUCAGAGACUCAAUAGCUUCAGCAGCUCAUGUCGCUACAACAUUAAAUAUUCCAAACGUUAUUAAUAGUAUGGUGGAACUGAGAGAGCCAUUACUAGACCUACAACUAGCUUUGGCAUCUGGUACUUCAACUCAAGAAUCUACUUUGGUUGAAGAAAGUACGCGGCCUUUACAUGAACUCAGUGAAAUUAUUUCUGCAGUUAUCCGAUCGCCUUCAACUUCAGAGGAUUCUAUUGUUAUACUGAAUCAAAUUUCAAAAAUGAUGAGUGAAAUUAUCGAACAGCUUCCUCAAAUACCAGAUAAAAAAUCAUUUGAAGAUCCAAUUAUGCCUGUAAUAAAAAUGGUUCCGAUUAAACCAUCAGAAGAUGUCGAAAAUGCUUCUUUGGCACUUGGUAGCGUUCAUUAUGCUUUGUCCGUGGCAUUAGAAAAAGUCAAUGAAUAUAGUCUUGAUAUAUCAGAGGUCGAAGGCGAAAAGAAAAGUACAGCUGGUAAAUUAGUAUCUUCUAUUGAUAAUUUAAGACAGAAUGUUGGAAAUUUAGCUGUCGCUAUUUCUUCUCCGAUGGUUCCUGAAGAGAAGGCAUCGGAAUAUGAUAAUAAAUUAGCUUUUGAAGAACUUGAAACGCUACGCGAACCUUUGCUAAGUUUACAAAAAGUUCUUUUGAUUGAAAAACAUGAUCCUGAAGAAAGGCAUGUGUUAAAUGAUAUUACGGGCCCUCUUAAAACUUUAAAAGAAGCUAUUUUGAAAAUUACUAAAGAUCAGUCGUCUCCUGUUGUUGAUCUUGUUGAAGAUGUUGAAAAAGAUGUAGCUCUUGUUGCUAUGGAAUCGCUUAAGAAAGCACUAGUUGGUAAAGUAGACACUGAAGAAAGCUCUGUUUCUGAUUCAGCACCCGGAGAAGUUCCGACAAUUAUUUCCAAAUGGUUAGAUCCAGUGGAAAAUUGGCUAUCAACGGCUUUGGAAGAAAGUAUUGAUGAAGAAAAUAGUUCACCCAUAGUUCCAGUUAUUGAUGAACUUAAGAAACAUUUGCUGAAGAUUGUCAUACAGUCGUCUUAUUCAGAACCUCCGAGUGAUACGGCUUUGAUUGAAAGUUUUUCAAAGUUAAAAGAACCUCUAAUCAGAGUACGUGAAGCUAUUACUGAUCAUCAUAAUCCAGAUGAUAUUGAAACACUGGAGAAUCUUAUUCAGCCGACGAAACAUCUACUGAAUACUAUUGUAAAUACUUCGAUGAUAUAUAAAGCUACUAGUCUUCUUCAGCCUGUUAUUGAAGUUCUAGAAGAAAUUGAAAACCAAAUUCCAUUGUCGAUUAAAAUGGCUACUUAUGCCAAAGAAUUGCGAGGAGUUGUCAGUACGAUAAGUCCUGACGAAUUUGAUGAAGAAGUAGACAAAUUGGAAUCUAGUUCAUUGACUUUUAGAGCAGAAGCUCAAGAAAUUGAGGUUGAUGUUACUGAAAUUGAAGAUUUGUCAAGAGGACAAUACACAGAAGAUAUGAGUGAAGAAAGAACUGAGCAAACUACUUCUGAUGAAGCGGCUUUGUCUGAAGCUAAACUUGAAGAUGCAACUAAAUAUGAAGAAGAAAAAUCAAUCAAUGAAGGGAUAAAUCGAUUCAGUGAAGAGCAGAAGGAAUUGAGUGAAGAUCAAAAACACUUAAAUGAAGAACAAAAACAAUUGAGUGAAGAACAAAAAUCUAUGAUUGAAACCAAAGUAUCUGAUGAUUUAAUUACACAAGUACAUGAAGAAGAUAAAAAUCAAGCUACAGCAACUAAAAAUUUAGUCGCAGAAACAUCAAGUCUUAAUUUAUCUAUUGAAAAUGAAUUUUCAAAACAACAAGAAUCACAAAAUGUAUCAGCAAUGACUCGUACUGAAGAACUAGAUUUAUGGACUCUUACAAUAUUAAAUCCUUUAGAUCGUUUGGCCUCUAUAACGCUAGCAUUAGAUGAAUCGAUAGAUGAAGAAGUUCAAGAACUUUUAUGUCAACCUUUGGAUUCUUUGCAUAAACAAAUCAAACUCGUUGAAUCUCAGAUAAACCGUCCAGCUGGUCAGACACUUGAGAACGAUGUUGAAACAAUAAUUGAAGGAUUUUUAUCACCAUUGAAUCAUGUCGAAAUAGCUUUAAAAACUGCUGCUGAAAUUUGGCAUGAAACUCCGUUGCAAGAAGCUGUAAAGAAAUAUUUGCAAAAUUUGGCAGAGUCUUCAUCCGAUUUAUGUAACCAAUUGGAUUCAUUAAGAAAUAAAUUAAUUACUGAAGCACCUGAACAGAUUGUUCAAGAAUUCAAAAUCUUAUUGUAA